AUGGUAGAGGAUGGCAGGCGCAUCAGACGGUCCGGACAAAGAAGGCGAAAGCCCAUUAAUUAUUCGGAAAGUUUUGAUGAAGCUGACGUGAGAAACCUUCAAGACGAAGACUACAGGGAAGUGGUGCAGAUAGAUUCUUCCGACGGUACAGAAUCAGACGAGUCUCACCUAGUGUCUACCAAACUUGGGCAGGUUUUCGAAAUCAAGGACGAGUCCGACAAGGAACAGGUGGAAAUUAAGGACGAAUCCGACAAGGAACAGAUGGAAAUUAGGGACGAAUCCGAUAUUGAACAUGUCAAAAUCAAACAGGAGCCCGAUGAAGCAGACGUCGGUGAAGACGACGACGAUGAACCGCUGUCUAAAAAGCGCAAGAAGAGAGAGCCCACUAAACGGAAAUCGAGAGCUACAAAAAAGGCCAAAACUCCAAAGCCACCAAAAGUGACUCCGUAUGAAAGAAAUACAAACCGGCUUUUUGAAAAUCAUCCGUAUCUUAAAGACGUUUUCCCCUUUUUGGCAAAUGCGCCCGUUUAUAAGCCGAUUCGCGCUGAGCAGCCCGAGGGGCUGACGAUCAAACUGUUACCCUUUCAACUAGAAGGGCUGAGCUGGCUUGUGACUCAGGAGAAAAGUAUUUAUGGCGGUGGUGUUCUGGCUGACGAAAUGGGGAUGGGUAAAACCAUCCAAACCAUAGCUCUACUAAUGAAUGACACGUCCAAAAGGCCUUCACUGGUAGUAGCUCCGACUGUUGCUUUAAUCCAAUGGAAAAACGAGAUUGAGCAACAUACCGCAGGCAAAUUGAAAACUUACAUUUUUCAUGGAGCAAAUCGUACUAGCAACGUUGGCGAGUUCAAAGACGUUGAUGUUCUUCUCACGACAUAUUCGGUUCUUGAAUCUGUGUUCCGUAAACAGGUUUACGGAUUUAAGAGGAAGACAGGAGUGGUGAAAGAACCGUCCUUGCUUCACAACAUGAACUUUUAUCGAGUUAUAUUGGAUGAAGCUCACAACAUCAAAGAUAGACAAAGUAAUACAGCAAAAGCGGUGAACACGAUCAAGACAGAGAAGCGCUGGUGCCUGUCAGGUACCCCAUUGCAGAACCGAAUAGGAGAGAUGUACUCACUUAUAAGGUUUUUGAACAUCAAUCCGUUCUCCAAAUAUUUUUGCACAAAAUGCGAUUGUGAAUCAUCUGAAUGGAAGUUUACCGACCAUAUGCAUUGCGAUCUCUGUGGACAUGUAGUGAUGCAGCAUACCAAUUUCUUCAAUCACUUUACGUUGAAAAACAUUCAAAAACACGGUAUUGAGGGCCCCGGUAAAGAGUCUUUCAAUAACAUUCAGCUAUUACUAAAAAAUAUAAUGCUACGCCGAACUAAGGUUGAGCGGGCAGAUGAUUUGGGAUUACCUCCUCGUAUUGUAACUGUACGGCGGGAUUAUUUUAAUGAAGAAGAGAAGGACCUUUAUCAAAGCUUGUACUCUGAUAUUAAAAGAAAGUACAACGCUUAUGUUGAAGAGGGUGUUGUGCUCAAUAAUUACGCCAAUCUUUUUACAUUGAUCACUCGAAUGCGACAAAUUGCCGAUCAUCCGGAUUUAGUGCUCAAGCGUGUUAAAAAUGGAGGUGAAUAUGCAGAUAGUGUCAUUGUAUGCCAAUUAUGUGAUGACGAAGCUGAGGAGCCCAUUGAGUCAAAAUGCCAUCACAAGUUUUGCCGUUUGUGUAUCAAAGAAUACACUGAAUCCUUUUUGGAGGAGUCUUCUAAACUAACCUGUCCCGUAUGCCACAUUGCUUUGAGCAUAGAUCUCUCGCAACCUGCCUUAGAAGUUGAAGAACAAGCAUUCCAGAAGCAAAGUAUUGUUAAUCGUCUUAACAUGAAAGGCACUUGGAGAUCUUCAACCAAGAUCGAGGCUUUGGUAGAGGAACUUUACAACUUGAGAAGUGAUAGUAGAACCAUAAAGUCAAUCGUAUUUUCACAAUUUACAAGCAUGCUUGAUUUGGUCGAAUGGCGUUUGAAGAGGGCUGGUUUUCAAACUGUGAAGUUACAAGGUAGUAUGACGCCCACUCAGCGUGAUGAGACAAUUAAGUACUUCAUGGAAAAUACGCACUGUGAAGUUUUUCUGGUAAGUUUAAAGGCAGGUGGUGUGGCUUUAAACCUUUGCGAGGCUUCGCAGGUUUUCAUUUUGGAUCCCUGGUGGAAUCCAAGUGUGGAAUGGCAAAGUGGUGACAGAGUUCAUCGUAUUGGUCAAUAUAGGCCAGUUAAAAUAACAAGGCUUUGCAUUGAGGAUAGCAUCGAGUCGAGAAUAAUCGAACUGCAAGAAAAAAAGCAAAUAUGA